UGAUAGAUAUUAAAAGCAAAACAAGCGCGGGUUGUCAGAUUUUACUAAUUCACGGCGUGCACCACCACGCUUUGGCUGUUUCAAACAAAAAAGCGUUGCCACUUGCCACCCACGUAACCCCUCACUGCUCGAUCCAUUCAAAGCAAAAUACCACAGACACGCAGCUGAAAAUCAUUUUCAAAAUCUCAUCCAAAACCUUCUCUAACUUCUAGGGUUUCGAUUCAUUGCACUCUCUCAGACCAUUACGUCUAUAUUUACAUAAAUGCAUACGUAUAUAUACUCCGUCGGACGGUCGGAGGAACGUUUCACUUGCUGUUGAUUGAUUUCGAAAUGGCAUAGUUCUGAUUCACAAGCGCACUAAUCGAAGCCUGAGAGUAGUUUUGAGAUGAUGGACGAGGGUUUAGAGAGGGAAAGGGACCGGGAAACUGGCAGAUUAGCGUCUAUGGAUUCGAUUGAAUCACGCUGGGUAUUUCAGGACGAGGAUGAUUCGGAGAUUGAUAGUGUUGAUCGCGAUACUGUGGAUGGAGAUGGCGAUUCGACACCGCGAAAUGGCUUGGAAUUGGACUCUGAUGAUGAGGAUAGUGCAGAGCAGAAGCUGAUCCGUACUGGUCCUCGUAUUGAUUCGUUUGAUGUGGAAGCUCUUGAUGUUCCCGGUGCUCAAAAGAACGACUAUGAGGAUGUCUCAGUGGGUAGGACAAUCCUGUUGGUCUUUCAGACUCUUGGAGUUGUUUUUGGCGACGUGGGAACAAGUCCCUUGUAUACCUUUAGUGUGAUGUUUAGUAAGGCCCCAGUCAAUAGCAAUGAAGAUGUUCUUGGUGCAUUAUCCCUUGUUUUAUAUACCUUAAUCCUCAUUCCCUUGGUUAAGUAUGUCCUUAUUGUUCUUUGGGCCAACGAUGACGGUGAAGGUGGUACCUUUGCUUUGUACUCAUUGCUUUGUAGGCAUGCAAAGGUUAAUCUUCUCCCCAAUCAACUUCCAUCAGAUGCUCGCAUAUCAAGCUUUAGACUAAAGGUGCCAUCUGCAGAACUUGAGAGAUCUUUAAAACUAAAGGAAAGACUAGAGGCUUCAUUGACAUUGAAAAAGCUUCUUCUGAUCUUAGUUCUUGCUGGCACUUCAAUGGUGAUUGCUGAUGGUGUUGUUACACCUGCUAUGUCAGUAAUGUCUGCUGUUGGUGGCUUAAAAGUCGGAGUUUCUGGGGUUAAGCAAGAUCAAGUAGUGAUGAUCUCGGUGGCAUUUCUUAUAAUUCUCUUCAGCGUACAGAAGUAUGGGACAAGUAAAGUGGGUCUUGUUGUUGGUCCUGCUUUGUUUAUAUGGUUUUGUUCCCUGGGUGGUAUUGGUGUCUACAACCUCAUUAAGUAUGAUUCUCGUGUUUGGAGGGCAUUUAAUCCUGUUCACAUAUACUAUUAUUUCAAGCGAAACUCAACAAAGGCCUGGUACUCUCUUGGUGGUUGUCUUUUGUGUGCAACAGGUUCUGAGGCAAUGUUUGCAGAUCUUUGCUAUUUUUCAGUGAGGUCAGUUCAGCUUACAUUUAUGUUCCUUGUGUUGCCAUGCCUUCUAUUGGGAUACCUUGGUCAAGCUGCUUACCUGAUGGAGAACCAUGCCGAUACAACACAAGCUUUCUUCUCUUCUGUGCCAAGUGGAGCUUUCUGGCCUGUCUUCUUGAUUGCCAAUAUAGCUGCUUUGAUUGCCAGUAGAGCAAUGACCACAGCAACUUUUUCUUGCAUUAAACAAUCUACAGCUCUAGGCUGCUUCCCUCGCCUUAAGAUUGUUCAUACGUCUCGGAAGUUCAUGGGUCAGAUUUAUAUCCCAGUCAUGAACUGGUUUCUUCUGGCGUUGUCUUUGGUGUUGGUCUGCUCUAUCUCAAGUAUAUAUGAGAUUGGAAAUGCUUAUGCUGUAGCGGAGCUUGGGGUCAUGAUGAUGACAACAAUAUUGGUUACUAUUGUUAUGCUUCUGAUAUGGCAGAUCAACAUCUUAAUUGUGCUAAGUUUUCUCAUUAUAUUCUUGGGAUUGGAGUUAACAUUCUUCUCAUCUGUUUUAUGGAGUGUGGGAGAUGGAAGUUGGAUUAUACUUGUCUUUGCUGUAGUCUUGUUCCUGAUUAUGUACAUCUGGAAUUAUGGAAGCAAGCUGAAGUAUGAAACUGAAGUCAAGAAAAAGAUGUCUAUGGAUUUGUUGCGGGAACUGGGCCCCAACCUUGGAACUAUCAGAGCUCCUGGAAUUGGCUUGCUUUAUAAUGAACUAGCAAAGGGAAUACCAGCCAUAUUCGGACACUUUCUCACCACUCUACCUGCUGUGCAUUCCAUGAUCAUUUUUGUUUGUAUAAAAUAUGUUCCUGUUCCAGUUGUACCUCAGAAUGAAAGGUUCCUGUUCCGGCGAGUCUGCCCCAAAAACUACCACAUAUUCCGUUGUGUUGCCAGAUAUGGGUACAAGGAUGCUCGUAAAGAAAAUCACCACACUUUUGAGCAACUGCUCAUUGAAAGUCUCGAGAAGUUCAUACGUAGAGAAGCUCAGGAGCGAUCACUUGAAAGUGAUGGCGAUGGUUCGGACUCUGAAGAAGAGUAUGCCUUCUCAAGGGUUCUUGUAGCUCCAAAUGGAAGUGUUUAUUCACUAGGUGUUCCUCUCUUAGCGGAUUUUAGGGACACAGGAAAGGCAGUUAUGGAAGAAAGCACUUCAGAAGAGCUGAAACCUGGGACUUCUUCUGAGUCGUUAUUGUCUGAUGCAGAACAAUCCCUUGACAAGGAGCUCUCGUUCAUUCGCAAGGCUAAAGAAUCUGGUGUUGUCUAUCUUCUUGGUCAUGGAGAUAUUAGGGCGAGGAAGGAUUCAUGGUUCAUUAAGAAGCUUAUCAUAAAUUAUUUUUACGCUUUCUUGAGAAAGAAUAGUAGGAGGGGAAUUGCCAAUUUGAGUGUCCCACAUUCACAUUUAGUGCAAGUUGGCAUGCAAUAUAUGGUGUGAGUUGGCUUUUUCUGAAAAGGUCCAUAUGGGCUAUUUUGGCAAAAAUUUAGGUAAUCGCCUAUCGGUCAACUUGGCUGUUAUGUACAGCAUAAUCAAUGCCACACAUUUGAUCGAUGGAUGCACAGAAAUGGCCACACGCCUGUCUUGCUUAUUGCAGAGCUGAAUUUUGAUGUCCCUCGUCUUAGAAGCUUGGAAGAUUUUGCGUUUGUUAUAGUUGUACAACGGAUUCGUCACCCAAGUUUGUUGUCGGGUUGCACCCGGGACUGUAAUGAUUGCCAAGACAUGCAAAUCCAUGUAAUUGUAAUUCUUUUUUUACUAAUGCAUGAUGUUCAACCUUGUGGGUAAAUUUUAAGGUUUUUGCUUGUGGGA